GGGGCCGGGCGGGCGCGGCCGGGGCGCGGCGGAGCGCGGAGGUGCUGCUGAGCGCGGCCGGCGGCGGUAUUGCUGAAAUCUUAAUGAACCGACCCCACGCAAGAAAUUCACUGGGAAAAGUAUUUGUAAAUGAACUGUUCAGUGCCCUGGAACAGCUGCGCUUCGAUGAGGAGGUGCGUGUGGUGGUGUUCAAGAGCGAGGUGAAAGGAGUGUUCUGUGCAGGAGCAGACUUAAAGGAACGUGCAAAGAUGGAUGAUGCAGAAGUUGGAGAGUUUGUUAGAAGACUGAGAAAUCUCAUGGAUGAAAUAGCUGCCCUGCCUGUGCCCACGAUUGCUGCAAUUGAUGGCUACGCCUUGGGUGGUGGAUUAGAGCUGGCCCUGGCCUGUGACCUUCGAGUAGCAGCUUCAUCAGCUAAAAUGGGCCUUAUUGAGACCACACGAGGACUUCUGCCUGGAGCAGGUGGAACCCAGCGCCUGCCCAGAUGUGUUGGCAUAGGUCUUGCAAAGGAACUCAUUUUCACUGGUAGACAGAUUGAUGGAGAACAGGCCUUCUCCAUGGGGUUGGUAAAUCACUCAGUGCCACAGAACAGCGAGGGAGAUGCAGCUUACCAGAGAGCUUUAACUUUGGCUAAAGAAAUCCUGCCCCAGGCACCAUUUGCUGUGAAAAUGGGAAAACUGGCAAUAAACAAAGGAAUGGAGGUUGACAUUGCAUCAGGGAUGGCUAUUGAGGGGAUGUGUUAUGCCCAGAAUAUUCCCACCAAAGAUCGUCAGGAAGGGAUGGCUGCCUUCAGAGAGAAGCGACCACCUCGGUUCACUGGCAAAUAACACCUCCUUCUUCCCCUUGAAGUUUUGGAGAUAAAGCAGGACUGAAGAGGAUCCACUGAUUUCUUAGGAUUAUUUUUGACUCCAUUCUGUGCACUUAACUCCUUGCCUUGGACUGCAUUUCUAACUACUCCCCUGGAUCACUUUUCCGUACAAACCUCCAAAUAAAGAUUUAACUUUGUACCUGA